GUACUACUAUCAGUAUCAGUGUUCAGUCACAAGUGGUAAAGGAAGGUCGUGUAUUUCCAGGCUUCCAGACUGUAAAGUAGGAUAUUUGUUCGAUUACGAACUAUUAAGCGUGAUUCUGAUAUACUUCUUCAUCGAUGGGGACAUAUGGAAUGAAGCUCCGGGGACCGAACGAGGGAGGAGGUGAAGACGACGGCGAAGAAGUGAGGGAUUCCGCCGAGGAUGCUCUGAUGCCCUUCUUCACACCUCAGCAUCAGCGGAGAAGUCCUUCGCAAUCCUACUUCAGUAUUAAUACGUCUCAGGACUCUCUGGAUGUGUACCACGACGCGUAUUCGACCCUCACGCGCCCCCGAGCCAAUGUGAUCGGUCAAAGAAAACGUCACGUCAGCCUAGGCGCUGGUGCCAUAGAAAAUGGUCACAUGAUGGAGGAUGAUUUUAUGGAUGACAUCGCUGAAACGACUGAAAUGCUGCCCAAGGAACCGGGGUCCGGCAGGGUUCGUCACGCCAGUUGCAGCACCGUCAACAACCGCUUCAGGAGCAGUGGUGGGCCUCCAGCAUUUUCGGGAAGCAGCCCUUGCCACAUAGGAAGGUUGUCCCUCUCGACGAAUUCUAUCAGACGGAAGAUGAUGGAAAGCAGCGACCCUGGCGACAAGGCGCAGAAAACGGGAUCCGCGAUGAAAAUGGGAUCCUUGCAGAAAAUGGGUAACUACAGGGGUAACGGCGUUGUUAUCGGUUACGUCCCAUGCGCCGAGAUGCCCGAAGUCGCGGAAAAUGUCAGUGCCGAAAACGAACCCGUUUCGAGAGAUAACCGCGUCGAAAGGCCUCCCAUAAACGAAGCCUGGAUGAAGAAUUAUGUGGUCAGUGUCGAAACUGAGAAGAUGCUCGGGAACAAUAAUGUGGAGGACUUGUCGUCCCACGAAAUACAAUUGUGUCCUCAAAGGAUAGAGCAGCCCGGUGACGGCGCUGGACAGAUGUAUUCCUUCAAGCCGCUUUCAAAGUCAGUAACGGUAAGAACACUGCUUGCAAUUAGAAAUGUUGUAGCAAAAUUAAGACAGUGCUUGGAACAAGAACUUGUAUAUCAUUCCCCGCAACCAGAACUGUUGCAGCAAAUUAAGAACAAUGCUUGCAACAAGAACUUUUGGAAGAGAAAGCAGAAUCCCUCUUCUUCUUCUUCUUCUUCUUCGUCGUCGUCGUCGUCGUCGUCGUCGUCGUCGUCGUCGUCGUCGUCUUCUUCGUCUUCCAUAGCCACCAAAAUAUCUCGAGUUGGAAGAGAAAUCAGAAAAAAAGAAAACGGGAAAUGGGACUACUACUACUACCACCACCAUUUGUCCUCCUCCUCCUCCUCUUAUUCUUCUUCUGUCAUUGCUACCAAAACAUCUCGUCUUGGAAGAAAAAUAAGAAAAAAGAAAACAGGAAAUGGGUUCGUCAGUCAGUCAGACGAGGAUGAAAUGAGAGAAUCCAUACAACGAGAGAAGGCCUCCUCUUUGGAAAUUACAGCUCAAGAUGCCUCGACCCCCCCUUCCCCCCACCCUCCGCCGGACAUCUCCUCCUCCUCCUCCACCACACCCCGGCCCUCGGUGGUGGUUGCCAUGGAAACCAUCGUCGGGUAUCAUAACGGCUCUUCGGAAUAUGAAGUCCAGUUUUAUGAUGUCCAGGUCCAACCACGACGCGUAGGAUGGCAAAGGUUUAAGGAUGAGUUCAAAACCGAAAAUCUAAGACUUCACCAUAAAACUCCACACCUCUUUGUCUCGUCACAGUGGCAACAGCACAAUCGAAUGUCAUGCCUGUAUUUAGGCUAUCGACUCUUCUGGGCGAUCUACUUCACCAUGUGGGCUGUGUGGGCGUGGAUUGGCUCAAUGGGUUACAAUGCAGAUAUUUCACAAAAGUUUUAUUUCUUAAUUUAUACUACGAACUGGGGGAUCUGGACUUUAGCUGUAGACACUACCUUACAAGCUGUCAAUGUUAUUAGACAUUUUAAGAAGAUCUCGGAAGAAGGUGAUGCAAUUUAUCCCUCCAUGCCUCGUCUGUUCAAAGUCUCCUGGGUCCUGUCCAACAUUACAGGAGCACUGCAUAUCUUCAUUACCCUAGCAUAUUGGAUUACAGUUUACCCAUUUCGAAGUGAUGAGAAGUUGACUGAAAUUGGGGUCAACACCCACAUUAUGCCAGGGGUCUACGUGCUCACUGAUGUAAUGGUGUCAGCCACUCCAAGACGAUUACUCCACGCGUAUCACCCAUCGAUCUUCCUUACCACAUACACUCUCUUCAACUUGAUAUACUUUCUAUGUGGUGGCACAGAUUACUUGGGAAGACCAGCAUUGUAUCCAGUAUUAGACUGGACUCGGCCAGGAAGUACAGUAGGAAUUAUAACAACGGUAUUAAUAAUAGUAAUCCCCUUAUUACAUGGCUGCAUCUGUGGUCUCUAUGCAGCAAGGCUCAAAGCAUGGCGUAUAAUGAAAAUUUCAAGGUAUGUGCGUGAGGAAGAUGAGGCUGACCAAGUGGAACAAGGUGCUCAGGAACAAAAGGUUUAAUGUCAUGCAAGUGGAUAAUCGGUGAAUCGGUUAUUUGUAGUCGAUCAGUAACACUGAAGGGAAUUGAAAACUCUUCUGUGGGAUAUCUACCAGUUCCUUUGGUUUCUUGUAGACUGGUGUUUUGAUAGGUUGCAAAAUAUCAGCCUGUAGCACAAAAUAUUUGUAAUUAAAUAAUUUUUGUAUAUAUUGUACAAUAGUUCUUGUUCAACAUAAUUAAGAUGGCAGGUCAGUUACAUUUAGCUGUGCAAAAGAGCUCAGUUCAAUGUGAGUGUUUUUGUUACAAAUGGCAUGGUAAAAAAAAGAAUCUGUGAUGUUAUAAAGCUUAAAAGUUACCUGUACUGUAGUGUGUAUGUUGUUUGUACAGUAAAUAUAAGACCCUUGUGUGUAUCUAGUAAUUAGUGUAUUAUAUGUGUGGUAAUUGUAGUAAUUGUACAGGUGGAAAAGAUAAAAAAUUUCCUCCUUUUGGGCCAUUAAGUAAUAGAGACCAAAGAUUAUAAAUGCAAUUAAUGAUCUGCAUAUAGAAUAUUUAUAUUUUUACAUUUAAUGUAAGUCCCUUUGCUAAUUGUAGUGAAACUGUGCUUUGUAAUUGAACAGUUUCUUCAGCAGCACGGUGCAGUAUUUUAAAAUGAAACUGUGAUUCAGCUUAUGUAACAUUGAUGGUAUUAAAAAAAUUGAAUGUCAUGCACAAAAAUCAAUAUUUAAAAUUUAAAUUUGUAUGAUACAAACUUUCUAAAUUUUGAGCACCACGAUAUAAAUAUGGAAUAGUGUACAGGUGUAAGAUUUAGCAAAGUAUAUGUUUUUCCUGAU